GCCGAGCCUCUGCGGGCAGCCGUGCCCUGGAACUUGGGAAGAAAGCGGUGCGGAACGAGAGCCCUGCUCAGUGUGUUCCAGCCCUCUCUGCGCUUCUGUGCGAUUCUGUCCGAGGAAUCUCUUCCCUUCGUGGCUUUUUGUCCUCUCUUUCCGGGAGGGAACCGCUUUCCGGUCUGCUGAAAAAUGACAGAGUAUAAGCUUGUUGUCGUUGGAGCUGGUGGUGUGGGCAAGAGCGCCUUGACAAUACAGCUCAUUCAGAACCACUUUGUGGAUGAGUAUGACCCUACCAUAGAGGAUUCCUACAGAAAGCAAGUAGUAAUUGAUGGGGAAACCUGUCUCUUGGAUAUUCUUGAUACAGCAGGUCAAGAAGAAUAUAGCGCAAUGAGGGACCAAUAUAUGAGAACAGGAGAAGGCUUUCUGUGUGUAUUUGCUAUAAACAAUACAAAAUCUUUUGAAGAUAUUCACCAUUAUAGGGAACAAAUAAAAAGAGUUAAAGACUCUGAAGACGUCCCAAUGGUGCUAGUAGGAAACAAAUGUGAUUUGCCUUCCAGAACAGUAGAUACAAAACAAGCUCAGGAUUUAGCAAGAAGUUACGGAAUUCCUUUUAUUGAAACAUCAGCAAAGACAAGACAGAGAGUGGAAGAUGCUUUUUAUACAUUGGUGCGAGAGAUUCGACAGUACAGAGUGAAAAAAAUCAGCAAAGAAGAAAAGACUCCAGGGUGCAUGAAAAUUAAAAAAUGCCUUGUAAUGUAACAGGGGUGUUGAUGAUGCCUUCUAUACAUUAGUUCGAGAAAUCAGAAAACACAAAGAGAAGAUGAGCAAAGAUGGUAAAAAGAAGAAAAAGAAGACAAAGUGUAUAAUUAUGUAAAUACAAUGUAUCCUUAUUCUUAAGACGUACUGAAGUAAUUUUUGUACAUUACACUAAAUUAUUAGCAUUUGUUUUUAGCAUUACUUUACUUUCUGCUUCAUGAUCCUGUUAGCUUUACCUGAACGCUUGUUUUUAAUGACAGUGGAAACUUCAUUCCUCUUAAAGUGCCAGUAUUCUUUGAGUGUUGGUUCUUGAACUAGCAAUGCCUGUGAAGAGAAAGAAAAACAAAGGAGAAACAAAAACCCCACACAAAAACCCGAGAGCUGUCUUAGGACUCUUUGGUGCAUGCACAGUCGCUAACUUCCUAUUUUGCUUAUUGAUGGUGAACUUUUGUUCCGUGUGUACACAAAAGACUGAAACGAUGCUCCACACGUUCUGACAUCCCCCUGAAUUUUUCCUAUUCUUUUAUUGUCUAAAUCUGGUUGGGAAAACAGACCCGUUAGCGAAGAAUAUUUUAUUUUCAGAGUUCCUUUUCCUUUAGACUGACUGCAAUAUAGAGAGACCAGAAGCCUUUAUAGUCUUCCUGUAGUUUUCGCUCCUAGGCAUCUAGUCUUGUAGCAUUUCAGAUCAACUUUAUUGAAUGUAAAGAGAAAACUUUCACACACAGAAAAAAGUUUCACUGCAAUUUGUCUCAGUCACUCCUUAAAUACUCUAUUUUUUCUAUUAAAAAGAAAAAUUAUAUUAAAAAAAAAAAAAAAGACACUAAUGCACAUCUGGCAAUGGAAAAAGUCAAAGUUGUGAUUAGAUCGAUUUCCUGCUGUUAAUGCAUUGCUUUAAAACUUUCACUUAACUUUGUCUGUCUGAAGAUGCCCAGGUGAAAUCUGAGCUCUCCUGAGCCCCCAGUGGUAAAUGUUCAGGUAGCUUUGUUCAGUAGGACAGGAUUUCACCCUUAGCGUCUCCGGGAUAUACUAGAAAGCCUUAAUAGAUAAGCUGAUUCAAAUUCUUAGGUUACUUCAUCCAUGGAUCCACAAGUUAUCCUGAGGAUUAGGUCUGGCUGAAUCCUAAAUUAUACAUCAAAUUAAUACCAUUUGCUUUGUGUGUUUGUUUGUUUGUUUUAUUCCCCCUCAAGGGUGGCCUGAAAUGUUUCCAUGCGCCCAUUUCAUGUAAAAAUAGGAGCAGAAUUUUAAAUUCUAGUAACCUCAAAUCAGUGAAUGAAUGAGCUCAAUGAACGUAGCUGCUUCAUGCAAGUGAUUUGGAAAUCCACCGUGCCAUGCAAACGGUGUGGAAUUUGCACUAAUCAUCAGCAUAGAACAUGGUUUCCAGAUUCAGUGUUGUUUGUGCCAUGUCUGUGAAGUGCUGGUUUUGUUGCACAGAUGAACUGGUUAGUGAGUGGCAUUCCAGUGUCCAGACCAUCAUGAAACUAGACUGAGACUUCAGUGUUGUCUUUCUCCGUGAUCAAGUCUCUUGUGAUUCUUCUUUUUUUCCUUCUUUUUUUUCCCCCUUCUGAUCAGAAUUAAUGCAGAAUUUUUUCAGGACCUUUCAUUUCUGGUACUGAAGUAGUCUGGCUAUUCUGCACCAUAGUAAGAGCCAGCAUUUCCAGUGCUGCCAGUUCCUGUUGUCUUCCUGCAAAGGUUGCAACACUUAGUUGCCUCCGUCCCAUAAGGCGCAGUGGUACCCAAUCAGCUGCAGAACAGGAUUUGAAAACGUGACUUCCCAUGUACCAAAAGUAGAACAGAAGUCGCUAAAGGAGGAUAGCAUGGGACAGCGGACUGGUAGGUGGUGCAAGUCUGAAACAGGGAAUAGCAGCAUCGCUCCAACUUAAGCUAUAACUAAACCAUUACGUGGAAAACGUACACGGUAUCAUUUGAAAUAACAUAUAUACAUUUUUAAAGUCCUAAAACAUUUUACAGCUUCCUGGGCUAAAAUCAUUUUGGAGGCGGUUAUUUGCACAUUGUAGAGGCUCUUGAUUAUAUAUGAAGAAGGUAGCAAAGCUGGACAGUUUGGCCUGAGCCAACAACAGCAAUCUUAAGGUGACUAAAGGUUGUCUCACUGCAUGUAAAGUUAGAGAUGGUCUAAAGUUCUCCCGUUAAUUUAACUAAAACCUGUUAGGGGAAAUAAAUGUAGCAGAAAUACCUUAAUAAUCCAGCUCUGCUCUAUCAGUAGAGCCGUACUAGGUGUAGCUCCACUAUCAAGAUGUAUCUAAAAUAGGUUUUUUCAGUAAGCGUGAUCUGUAGCUACCGGUUGAAUGAGGUUAUUACAGAAUUGCCCUGUAACGGCCCGUAUUGACUUAAAGGAAAGAAAGAAAAGAAAGAAGAAAAAUACUCAUCCUUGCCACUGUUGUGCAGUUUUGUCUUAAUAUUUGUAGAGAUUUGGUGAAGCAUGUUGGAUUGCAGCUUGCACAAGCUGAUCUCAAUUCCUCUGUCUUUCCCUGUUUGAAAUGCUUUCCAAGGACAUACCUGGACGCUAUCUUUUCUGGCAGUAACUGCUAAAUGAACAUGUGAAUCACUUCCUGCGUUAAUACAUUACAUUGCCAUAUGUCAGGGAGCAGCACCUUCUUACGGUAGCUUUAUGUAACCCUGGUAAACAGCAUUAUUACUGGUUUUCUCAGAACCGAACACUAUUGUGACCGGUCCCAUUGCUCUAACAUAGGGAAAAAAAGAAGCUACACCGCAUAGGAUGCCUGCAAUAGGUAAAUACAGACACAAUCUUCUACGUUCUGUGAAGCAAUACAAUGACCUUCCAAGACCAUCCAACUGUACGCCAAUCACUUUGCCUGAAGUUUACAUAAAGCUACAUAGAUGGUAAACCUUUCCUAACAUUUCUUUCUUCCACUGUCUCGUGUUUUCAUGUUGAAAAUACUUCUGCUUUUUUUCCUCUUGAGUGCCAACUUCUUACUAGAAUGACUUCUUAAUGUAAUAUGUUUACCUGGAAUGUAUUUUAACUAUUUUUGUAUAGUGUAAACUGAAACAUGCACAUUUUGUACAUCGUGCUUUAUUUGAUGUGGAACAUAUGCGGUGUGAUCCAGUUUUUCCAUCAUUGGUUGCGUGACCUCGGAAUGUCGGUAAUACCAGAUAAUACAUUGUAAAAAAGAGAAAAAAAAAUACAACAAAAACAAGAAACCUCUGUUUGUUUUAAUAUUUUUCAUGUUUUUAGGAGUAUGUGCUGUGAGGUGAUCUGGAAUUUGUCUCUUUUUUGGUUCUUUUUUGGGUUUUUUGUUUUUGUUUUUGGGGGUUUUUUGUUUUUUGGGUUUUUUUUUUUUUGGUCCAACUGUACUGCUCCUAUUUAUUGUAAUGUAAUAAAAAAUAGUUAUUGUGAA